AGACAACUACGACAGCAGAAUGCCAGCUGUCUUGUGCUUCGCCAAGCCAUUGGCCCCAAAGAAGUUGAACAAGAAGGUCUUGAAGACCGUGAAGAAGGCGUCCAAGGCCAAGCACGUUAAAAGAGGUGUUAAGGAAGUUGUCAAGUCCUUGCGUAAGGGUGAAAAGGGUUUGGUUAUCGUCGCUGGUGACAUCUCCCCAGCCGAUGUCAUCUCCCACUUGCCAGUCUUGUGCGAAGACAACUCCGUUCCAUACGUCUUCCUCCCAUCCAAGGAAGACUUGGGCUCUGCCGGUGCCACCAAGAGACCAACCUCUUGCGUUAUGAUUGUCCCAGGUGGUUCUGGUAAGAACAAGAAGUCUGAGAAGAGCGAGGAAUACAGAGAGAGCUUCGAUGAAAUCGUCAAGGAGAUCGCUACCUUGGCUUAAGCCUGUCAUCUGCAUUUCCGGCACAUGAGUGUGACUGGUCCCCUUUUCCGCUUCUUUCUGUACUCAUAUUUUCUUUCUCUCUAAUGUAUAUCUAUUUCGGUUGGGUUUUUCUAAUUGACGUCUCCACUA